AUGCCCGUUAAGCAUAAAGUUUUAUCAUUACAUUCAUCUGCAAAUGAAGGACCCGAUGGGGAUGUUUCAAUUUUCUUUGGUCUAUCCGGUACUGGAAAGACUACACUUUCUGCCGAUCCAAAACGUUUCUUAAUUGGUGAUGAUGAGCACUGCUGGUCGGACGAUGGUAUAUUUAACAUCGAAGGAGGUUGUUACGCAAAAUGUAUCAACUUAUCAGCUGAAAAAGAACCUGAAAUUUUCAAUGCCAUACGUUUUGGUUCAGUCUUGGAAAAUGUUGUUUAUGAUCAACAUACCAGAACUGUCAAUUAUGAUGAUUCAUCUCUUACAGAGAAUACUCGAUGUGCUUAUCCUAUUGAAUUCAUUCCAAAUGCAAAAGUACCAUGUAUUUCAUCAAGCCAUCCAAAGAAUAUUAUUUUAUUGACAUGUGACGCUUACGGAAUACUUCCACCAGUUUCAAAACUUUCUUCGUCUCAAGCUAUGUAUCAUUUUAUUUCUGGUUAUACCGCAAAAAUUGCAGGUACAGAAGAUGGAAUAACAGAACCAGAAGCUACAUUCUCUGCAUGUUUCGGACAACCCUUCCUCGUAUUACAUCCUUAUCGAUACGCUAAAAUGUUGGCAGAUAAAAUGGAACAUCAUCGGGCUGAUGCUUGGUUAAUAAACACAGGAUGGAAUGGUGGAGCUUAUGGUGUAGGAGAACGUAUAAAGCUCAAAUAUUCUCGAGCUAUUAUUGAUGCUAUUCAUUCCGGUGAAUUAACUAAAUCAGAAUAUGAAAAUUAUGAAGUUUUUAAUCUUAACAUUCCAAAAUCUUGUACCGGAGUUCCAUCAGAUAUCUUAAAUCCUUCUAGAACUUGGAAAGGAGCUCAAGCGGAUUAUGUUAAAACUAGAGAUUUAUUAGCUAAACGUUUUAUUGAAAAUUUCAAAAUUUAUCAAGAACAAACUGCUUCAGAAGUCGUUCAUUCUGGCCCAAUUCUUUCAUAA